CAUCGAGAUGUCAGCCGAUACAGCGUAUAUUUCUGCUACUCCCGCGACUUCCCGGAGGAGGUGAAGGCCACGCGGGCCAUCCUGAGGGAACAACGCCUCGUCUCCCGUUACGUUGAUGCGGUAAGCCAACGCCUUGACCUGUUUUCGCGAUUGGCUGAACCGCAGACCUGA